AAUCCUUACGUGGCAAUCUCGCCGAAGCUAGCUAGGAAGUUUACAAAAUAUCCUCAAUAAUUUGUGCUUGUUCUGAGCCUCCUGCUGCGAUACAUGUGCAAUUUUAGGGGAUAUUUGAAAUCGCUGGUACACAGAGAAUCUACAAUUGUCACGUAACGCUAGCUAAAAUCUAAGCAUGUUCACUGCUUCAGAGAUCGUUGUUCUUCUUUGGUUCAUGUCUGCCACAGCGUCCGGCUACUUCGUUAGUAUAGACGCUCAUGCAGAUGAGUGCUUCCAUGAGCGGGUUAACUCGGGAACCAAGAUGGGCCUAAUGUUUGAAGUUGCUGAGGGGGGCUUUUUGGACAUUGACGUUGAGAUAACAGGACCUGAUGGCAAGCAGAUCUACAAAGGAGAUCGAGAGUCCAGUGGAAAGUACUCCGUGGCAGCUCACAUGGAUGGGACCUACAAGUUCUGCUUCAGCAACAAGAUGUCCACCAUGACACCCAAGAUCGUCAUGUUCACCAUCGACAUCGGAGAGGCACCGAAGGGACAGGACAUGGAGACGGAAGAGAGUUGGGAUGCUCACCAGAACAAGCUGGAGGAGAUGAUCAACGAGCUGGCGGUUGCCAUGACGGCCGUCAAGCAUGAACAGGAGUACAUGGAGGUCCGGGAAAGGAUACACAGAGCCAUCAAUGACAACACGAACAGCAGGGUGGUUCUCUGGUCGUUCUUCGAAGCCCUGGUUCUGGUGGCCAUGACUCUGGGACAGAUCUACUACCUGAAGAGGUUUUUCGAAGUGCGCCGAGUUGUGUAACACCUCAAACCUUCCCCCUGUGACUUCCUGUUGCACUGUUAUUUCAGCACAGAGACAGUGAAACAGUCACUCCUUGGAAAUGAGACUCUUGGCAGAUUUCAUUAAAAGUCUGAGUACAAAUUGGAUCCCUAUUAUUAAAAUAAUAAUGUUUUACCCUGUUACCCCUUUUGUUAUUUCCAUCUUCAUGUGCUUGUUACUGUUGUAUCUGUUUUGGACUCUAGACCUUUCAAAGAUCAUAGGGUUGAUGAUGUCAAGUUUGAUUUAUUGUCUCAUCACUGCGUAAGCAAAUUAUUUGUUAUGGAUUACUCCACCCAGCUUGGUCAACAGCAACUACUAGCCAGGGAGGUUGUCUGCCUAGAGUCAGUGGCUCUACUAGCCAGGGCAGUUGUCUGUCUGUCUCUAGUCAGUGGAUGGGAUGUAUAAAGUAACAAAACUGGGACCGGCAUUUGAGAGAUGCACACUGAUGUUUAUGCAACAGUGUCCCUUAUUUGACCCAUUUCUUUGGACCCCUUUGCAAUCGAUAUGACCAACUAGUUAAUAUAAAGUAUGCAUCAGCUCAAGGUGAGACACUUGGGGCUUGUUCAUGAGAGUGAAAUAUCACAGAACGUUCAUGUAGAAAUGUAUUGUGCAGAAGCGACAUGCUUUUCUGUAAUGUAGAAUAAAGAAUUGUGUUCACUCUAUAGAUCA